UGAUCAGGCCGGCGUGCAGCAUCCCGGUCCAGUGCGUGUUUACCUAUUCUACUCGCUAGACGCUUCGGAGUGCGACAGUCCUGAUCGCGAUUCUGCUUGCGUGAACGAGUCAGCCGGGUUCGCCUUUUCGCUCCAGGAUCGGUUUUUUUGUGUCUCCUGCGCCACGUCUUUUUCGAGAUCCGCACAGAUUUCUAGGCUGACAGAUAACCGAAUAUGGAGGGAAAUCCAUUGCAGAAGGGAAGGUCACUAGAAGAUCACGAACAUUUAAGGAUAGACAAAGAGAAGAAAAAAUGCUGCACCCCAUAUAAAUGUGUGAAAAUUACUGCUGGGACGGUGUUCACCUUGAGUCUGGCGUUAUGCUGCGUGGUGUGGUUCACGAGUCUGUACUGGUAUUUGAUCCGACUGAGGGUCACGAUCGACACAAGCAAUCAGAUGUACCCCAACUGGGUCGCCACCCCGCUCACCACCAAAAACUGCAUCACCCUUUUCAACUACACAAACGUCCCUGAGUUCAUGGCCAAACAACACCCGACGCUCAAAAUCGAAAGGGUUGGACCCAUCUGCUUCAGGGAGCAGCCGUUGAAAGAGAACAUCGUGUUUAAAAGUGGUGGCCUGGUAGACUAUGAUGACUCCAGGACGCUUAAACUGUGGCCGGAGGAGACGAAAGUUAACUUGAGUGAUACCGUCACUAUACCCAACGUUGCCUUCCUGUCGACGAUCACCCUCAGCACGGACUUCAUGCCGACUUUCCAGAAUUUGUUGCUCUCGUUCAUCCCGAAGAACAGUUCAAACCUGACUCCGUUCCUGACGAUGAACAUUAGCGACUACGUCAUGGGUUGGGACGACGACAUACAUAACGCCGUCACCACAGCUGCGGCCCCGCUGGGAAUCACGCUGCCCUUCAACCAAUCAGGAGUCGUCCCCUGGAUGGCAGGUUUCCUGAAAGUGAGAAUGACCGCUGAAACGGGUCAUCGCAACACGCAACGGAUCGGGAAGUUGACUCAGAUCAACGGGCAACCCAGGUUGCGACUCUGGGAAUCCAAGGACUGCAACACCCUCAAGGGCAGUGACGGUAUCUACUUCCCACCGAAUGACGUCAGAGCCGGGAACCCCAUCUACUUCUACUUCGUUCUCUUGUGUCGUUCUAUCAAACUCACCAAGCUCAAAGAAGUCGAGCUUCAAGAAGGUUUAAUGGUGCCGAGAUACGUCAUGGAAGAGAAGACCCUUGCAGCCCCAGCAAGGAAUCCUGAAAACGCCUGCUACUGUCGCAAGAAGGGAUACUGUUACAACACCACAGAAGGCUUGGCCCCAUUUGAUCUCAAACCGUGUUUAGGCAUUCCUCUGCUGUUGACGUCGCCAAACAUAAACCUGUACCCAAAAUCUUUGCUAACUCACUUGGAAGGUUAUGAGAUGAACGUUACCGACCCCCACGACUUUGAUACUUACUUCGAUGUUUUACCGAAUCUGGGCAUCACGGUGCGGUACAUGCAAAAUGGUCAGAUUAACCUGCGAGUGGGAAAAGUUAGACAGUUUGCUAAUGUCCUGCCGAACUGGGGAAAUGACAGGAUGUUACCUAUGUACUAUUUCCAAAGAACCGGAGAUAACCUACCGAAGGUGAACUUCAAGACGAUGUACGACGCUCAAGUAGUAUUCGCCGAUAUCGAGUUUUUGCUCAAGUGGCUGUUCCUAACUACGGCGUUCCUCAGUGGACUUGUGUGCGCCUACCUCAUCUCAAGGACGAGGAUUGCCAAGAAAGCCGAGGCUAAGUUUGCGCUGAAAUGAUCAACCAAAAUCCCCGCAGCUCAACCGUAUUUAUUAGUUUUUUAUACGGAAAUGGAUCUAAUUAUAUCUUCAAGUUGAUAUCCACAAACCACCGCUUUUAACGGAACGCCGCGUUUUUGGCAAGUUUAAACUAUGAAUGGUGUAACGGAAAAAAAUGAAGUUUUAUUAUUCAAAAUUUUGCAUGGGAAACGAAAGGUCCAACGGAAAUUUUAACAUAAACUCCUCGAUGUACUAUUAGAAUGUCCUUUACAAUAGAUGCUUUAAUUUAUGAGGGUUUGUGGUGCUAAAUUGUGUGUGAUAUUCUUUAAACGGAAUGAUCAAACAUUUUGCCUAAACAAGGUAUUUUCAAGAUAUUUAAAGAUAUUAAUUAUGAUCGAUUCAAGCACGAUUAAAUUUGUUCUCCUUACUGUGUAAAUAUUUUAAAAUAUUUAAUGGAAAAGCCCCUUCAUGCAAUUUCAAAGUUGGUAAGCGUCACCAGUUGUCAAGUUUUUUCCCGCAAAAUUAAAUUUUUGAAAUUUCCGUUGUUUCCAAAAUUUCCUCCACGAAAUCAAGAAAUCUCCAGCAUGUUUUUUUACAAUCUGGUCUACUGAUCAAUGUAUUCAACUAGUCAUUCGGUCAAUCGGGGUUAGUUCAAAGAAGUUAGACUGAAAAUUGCUCGUUUUUCCAAACAAAUUGAGUCACUUCAAAUUGGAUACUGUAUCGACUCUUUGAUAUUCCUGUUACAUUUACAAGUUCUGAAGUCCAUCUACUGUCAUGUCAUACGUAGAUUAAUGAGUGCCGCCAGGACUAUUUCCUUCGGUAGAGCGUUUGUUCUGAGUUUUAUAUUUAAUCUUACAACUAUCAACUUUGUCUGGAUGAGAAAAGUUGUACGAUUGUACCAAACAAUCAAUAUUUUUAUCUCCAGUUUUGGUUGAUAAUUUGAAACGAUCGAAGUAACGAACUGACCCCUAGAUCUGAAACGACUUUGUACAUUCAGAAAUUCUCUGUGCGCGAGGAUCUAGAAGAGAGACAUAUCAUUUUGAUAUAUUCUGGCAUUUAAUGCUAACAACUCAUCAUUGAUUUGGUCCCAGAAUUAAAUCAAUUGAACGAGGUAUAUCUAAAAUACCGAGAGUUUUUUUUUCAUCGCAUGGAAGUCAGAGCUUACUGCUUAUUUUAAUUUCGUUUCAACAUACUCGUAUGACAUUAAUACAUGCUUCAUUUCCAUUGAACAUCGCUCUUUUUCUUUACACUGGUUGUUUUUACUAUACAGUUCUGCAUUUUUAAAUAUAAACCUCGCAAUCUGAUUUUUCACUAUCAUAUUUCUCAACCGCUUUUUACGAGCUGAUUUUUCAGCCAGAUUCCUUUGGCCUUCCGUCUGGUCUCUCUAGAAGAUCCUUUCAGACGGCAAUAAAUAUCUAAUUCUGAUAUGCAUAUAUGAGGAUUCUGUCGUCAUGGACUGACAAUGUGAAAAUAAUGAAAACCAGUGAAAACCCUUUGGUUUUUUGUAAAUAAGUGUACAGUGUAGCUUCAAGUUUGUUGUUUUAGUCCUUAGGUAGGAGAUAAGUUCGUCAAUCCACAUUUCCUGUGGUGUUUUUACCAACUGUUUGUGAUCUAAGUUAUAAUUUCUAUUAAUUUUAAUGGUGCAUCCUUUUGAGUCAUAGUCUUUUGAAUACUCUUGCCACAUUUUUCAUUUUUUUCUCUUUUUUUCAGCCAAGCCAUCUUCAUUUAAUGUUUAGCGUACUUAUUUAUUAAUUGAUUUACUAAGAAUCUAAGUUGUAUUUGAUAUACCUGCCAUACAUAUUUAUGCGCAAUACUAAGCGAUUGGUUCAAAUUGCCUCUGAGUAUAAUUUUAUAUAUUUAUAAACACAUUUUUCAAAAUAUGAAUUCAAAUCAAGUUUAGUCGUUUCUUGGUUUCUAAGAUUUUGAUCUACACGAAAGAAGUACGUGUUAAAGUCAAGCACACGCUGAAAUUUUGUACUAACUCAUUUACUUGCAUUAGUCAUUCAUAAAUUGCAGUUUUCUGUCCAAAUUUUUAGCUCAAAUCUAUGCUUUGGCAAGAAAUAAACAUUUACAAGCCGAUUUUAGGUAUGCUGAUAAAAUUUGGGCACGAGUUCAAUGUAAUAUAUGUACUUUUUUAUUCGGAUUUUUCGUAUGAUUUACAAUUUUAGUAAUUAAUGAUGCUAAUAAUUUCAGACCAAACCCUUCUGAAUUCAUCAAAAUGGUAGGAUGAUAAAAUAAAAUUGUUAUUUAUUGAUUUCUGUAAGGUCUGGACAAAAAUUAAUAAAAUAUCUUGUAUAUGCUCA